AGGAAACCUAAUAGGGACAGAACGUUCGUUCAGUUUUGCGCCAGAAGUAAUGCAUCAAGAAGAACACGAGUAUUUUGCAAAAGGCAGGUUUUGCUACUAGUUUCCAAGCAAGAACAAGAUGAAAAUGGCGAAGAUUACGACACUAGUGUGAGGUGCGUCAAACCAAGUACAACAACAAGUUUCGCGGUCAGGAACGUCAAACAUUUCCACUACGAGAACUACCAAUAGUAGACGAGGACCAUCACAACAAGCACUAACAAUUUGUUCUACAGUCUCCUACGAGAAUCUUCUUCUCUUCAUAUUGCCUAAACGACAAUGGGUAAUUGUCAGGGCAAGGAUGGGACGCGCAAAUCGCUGUCCUUUUACAUGGGGUCUCUUCGCGGCUCUGAAGUCCGUAAAGACUUGCUGGAGGAUCGUCUUUUUUUAUGGCGACAACAAACUCAAAGUUAAAAACUUUAACUUUUUUUUGCAGAAACUUAAACUUUUAUUUAUCUCGUAGACUUAUGCUUUCAAGCACUGUAUAACUUUGCAAUAAGGAAGUAGAGUCUAUCAUGAUUGCGCCCCCAAUUGAAGAUGCUUUACCCCGUGAGUGGGUACAUCAAUCAUCAAUCACUUACAUGAUGACGUUAAUCUACUCGGCGAUUGCCUAAGAUUUCAUCAAUCAAUUACAUACUAGCUUAAAGUUGAAUUCCAACUCAAACCUGACGCUUUCCUCAUCGAUCCUCGCUUCGCGUUAGAGUUGAAUUCCAACUCAAACCUGAAGCUUUCCUCAUCGAUCCCCCUCUUCUAAUUCGUGGUGAGAAUCUGAAAUUCCUCGAACGUGUGGCGCUUUUCUCUCGGUUGCCGACUCCGGAGAUGCCUCGUCUCAACAAUGCUAUGACCACUCGCAACUUCCAGCCGGGUGAGAAGGUUAUCAGCGAAGGCGACCAUGCUACUGAAUUCUUCUUGGUCAAGACAGGGGAAGCGGCGGUACAACGUUGUUCUUCAUUCUUCUUGUUUUCUGAGGUGGAUAUUGAUAUUCUAAGAAAAUCAAAAGCAUUUCUUAUUGGACUUUUCACAGCAAUCCCUCUCCCCUAGGUCUUUUCCGGCGACACCAGAAUUGCGGUUUUGAAAUGUGGCGAUUAUUUUGGAGAAUCUUCUCUUCUGGAGGAAGGUAAGAGGAAUGCCACGAUUGUCGCGGAAGGAAAACUGGUGGUUUUGUCUAUCACACGUGAGACCUUUGAGUCCCUCGAGUUGCACAAGAAGUUGCGUUUGCCUCGUCGUCGCGCUGUGUUGGACAACCCCGUGGCAGCAGCACCACAAGGUACUAGAGCUUUAUAGAUUGUCUGAAAUGAUUGAAAAUCCCGUGGCUGCGGCUCUUCAAGGUCUUAUAAUUGAGAAGGCUGAAACAAGAUUUGGAUCAUGUCGGAUCUAAUUGCUGUUUUAAUAUGCAAUUCGUACUAGUUGUAGCUUGAUGUCGAAAAAAAACAUUCUCCUCAAUGCAACAUUUUCCUCAAAGCCACCGAACGAAAUGAGAAACAUUUACCUUAUGAAUCUCAUCUGUUCCACCUCGAAUCUGUCUUUCUCCUUCUCCCCUCCUCAACACUUACCCCAUGAGUGGGUACAUCAAUCAAUCAAUCAAUCUAUCAAUCAACAGCUGCUCCUGCAGCUUCCGACUCGUCGAAGGUGGCUAAGACUCCAGAGGAAUUGGUUUUCGUGGAACAAGGUGUCCGCGAAAACAAGUUUCUCAAGGGUUUGAUUUUUAUGAGGAAAAUAGAUGGAGAUUAUAGGUUCGAAAAAUUAGACUCAAGAUCUUCAACUGUAGGACAACAAAAGACCUCUCCGAUAUUCUGUCGACCCGGCACUCAGUGCGUAGAACCACAGACCGUACUCUUCGUUUCUAGUCUCGUCCUCCUAGUACUGCAAAGCACUGUCUUUCUCCAAAUAGAAUGAACCGCUCUUUCUCUCGUUCCUAGAGUAACCACUCCCUUUCGGAGAAUAAACCCCGCUGCUCUUCCCCCUAAGCCCUAGGUACACGCCCUUCUUCUCUUUGUUUUCCUCUCUAAGUUCUCCUCCGAGCAAGCCAUGGAGAUUGCUGAAACUGCUUACAAGAUGCCUGUCCCUGAACCUGGUACUGUGGUCGUCGCGGAGGGCGAUAUCAAUGCGGACAAGUUCUAUGUGAUUGCGGAAGGUGAGUUUGCCUGUCGUCGCACGGGUCAUACCAAUACCCAGCACUACGGACCUGGGGACAGCUUUGGUGAGUUGGCCUUGUUGUAUAAUGCGCCAAGGGCAGCAACGGUUACUGCUAUGACAAAGGGAGUAUUCUGUUACGAAGAGGCUUGAGUGAUUUAGACAGACAUGUAAAUUCAUUCCCUUGAAGAUUUCCCUACUUCUCGAUAGUACAACCGUACAUGACUUUUACACAAAUUAUGAUCUCCUGCGAAAUUCACAAAAGCUACUCACUAUAAUUUUCACUAUAUCUUACUCCUCUUACUCCAGUACCUCUUUUUACUCCAGUACCUCUUACUCCAGUACCUCUUACUCUUCCUCUUCCUCCUCCAUCUUCUAAUCACUGGUGAUUGAUCGUGCCCACUUUCGCAGGAUCUUGCAGAAGCAGGUGAGCUCCAGACUGAAGUUCUACAUGAAGCUGAUCCAGCGUGUCGAGAUCCUAUCUACGCUGUUGCAGGACGAGCGAGACGCUCUUAUCGAAAGCUUCACCGAGAUGCAGUAUAAGAAGGUACUUUUCGUGCUAUUGCUGCUUAUAUAUUACCGCUAUAAUUUACCUGUUUUUUGACCUACUUUUUCAGUGCUACAGCUACUGCUACAUAUAUCGGAAACACAUCAAGAAAGUACAAUUUGUUAUGGUCAAACAAUCUUCCGAAUGAAAAAUGCGUGCGCACAUCCUACAAACACCAGGGCCAAGACAUCAUCAGGGAAGGGAGCGUCGGAGACACCUUUUUUCUUCUGUUUCAUGGUUCUGUCGUCGUCAGGACAGAAUCCCAAGGACCGGUGCGAACCAUGAUUAAGGCUAGUAGAGGACUUCUAAAGUAUAUCUUAUAGAAGUCGCCUUAGUAUUUGUCAUGACUAAUAUGAUCUUGAUCCUUGUGCUGUUGGUUCACCACUUUUUCUACCUGGAGGAGAGAAAUCUCCACCCAAAGGUCGGAUAUUUUGACAUCACUCGUCCUAAACCAGAUGCAAGAAUUGCAAACUAACUACACAGUUGUAUCAUCCUUUGCGGCUAGCCGUGCUUCAUCUCCUCCUCUAAUGUCGCGGCUAAUGUGGCGGCUAACGAUUUUCCGUAUUUUGGGGAGCAGGCCUUGAUGCGUGAUGACGUCCGCAACGCGACCAUCACUGUGGCUUCUGUUAUGAUAUUUCAAGACGUUACUUAUUCUGGAGAUCUGACAUCCUUCAUGAUCAGUGUCAAGGGGAGCAACUUAUAACUAUUAUUUCAAGUAGACGUUAUUACAACUUUAAUACUUUUAUAUUUCAAGACGUUAUUCUGGAGAUCAACCAAGCAGAAACUACUUGAUCUGAUAGCCUUCCUGAUCAGUGUCUCUCUUCCACAUUCAUGGUCUUCCUUACUUAUAUGAUGAGUGUCAUUUCCUUGUAAAAUGGUAGGUCUUCAGAGGAAUGCGUGGUGCUCGUCUGUUCCACUCAAGUGCGCAGAUCUUCGAUGCUAAUGCCUCCCAUAAAUCUGAUCGUUGAAGCAAAAUAUUAUCUUCCUUGAAUUCUUCUUGAUUUUAUUGAGCUGAAAGGCAGUGCUAUGGGAAUACUAUACAACAUGGGUAUUGAAUUAGGUCGCUCCCCCACCAAUAUUACUUCAUCAUUACGAGGAGGACUACACACAGUAUAUUACAACAUCAUCUAACUCCCACACCGCGGGCGUCUUAUGCCUCACCAGACACACGUUCGAGACGUUGUUGGGACCUUUGCGCGAUAUCAUUCGCCAGGCUUCGGAUGCUAGAGUCGGGGGAUGCGAGAAUAUGGCCGAACCUUAGUUUGAAUAGGAUAUCUUUUAUAGACUUUUUUCUGAUCAAGGACAACUUCUACUUGGAAGUACUUCUUCUAACUGUCAAUUAUAUAGUACAUUUGUAAAAAAAAUUUGCUUACAGAUCAUGCUAGCACUAGUAUCUUCGUUCUAACCUUCCCUGUCGUCAAUCGCAUGUGCGAAACUACCAGAAGAAUCGGGCCACGACGCAGCUGUCUGGAAUGAAAGCUGCGUGUCCGAAAUUUGGGCAGCUGAAAGAACUUGGCGUUUUGGGAUUUGGUGGAUUUUUAUGAGUGGUAGAAAUUAUUUAGAGGUUGUUCUCUUCUCUCCCAUCGUCCUUUUCUCUUCAUUCUGUCCCUUGCUCUCAGGACAACACUGUUUCAUCCCUGAAACACUGUGAAACUGAACACCUACUUACACACCUACAUCAACUGUUUGUUUCCCCUUUCUCUAUCAUCUCUUCUAACCUUCGGCUCCGUGACCCUGCAGCAGGACGCUUCGACGCGUCGGCUCUUUGCAUUGAAAAAAAUCAGCAAGGGCUACGUGAUACAGCAGAGUUUGCAGAAGCAGAUCUGCAACGAAAGGCUGAUUCUAUCGAUGACCGAUAGUCAGUUCAUUGUUAUGACAGCACAACAACAACUUUUUUCUAACCCCAACAACUUUCACCAGCGCUUGAACUUCUCCCUCAGAAGUCCCAUCGCUGUGCCACUCCCUCACCACACUCCCUCACCACUAUAUUUCUAAUCUCCUCAAGUUCCACUGCACAUACAACGCCCAGAAGUCCCAUCGCUGUGCCACUCCCUCACCACACUCUCUCACCACUAUAUUUCUAAUCUCCUCAAGUUCCACUGCACAUACAACGUCGGCGACGACUUGUAUUUCUUGUUGGACGCCGCUCUGGGUGGGGAGCUGUUUGCGUUGUAUAA